GAAUCUAUCGAUUAUUUGUUUUGAGGGCGCGGGCGGCGUCACGCGGCGCCUCGGCCAGCCUGUGCCGUGCCGCGUGAUCUGCUCAGAAGUUUCUCUCGGCGUCUCCUGCAGCUCAGUCCGACGGCGGAACACGCGAAGAUGGCGCGGCGGCACUACCGUGCCACGUCUCUGUGUGCGAGCAGGCCGACACCUCUCAGAAACGCGCUUUUUUACGUUCUGCUCUCGUGUGCGUGCAGUUUUCCUUUAGCCACCGAAGCUGGCCUCUACACGGCGUCCGACCAGCUGGCGAUUUUAACGUCGCGCAACGUGGAUUCGGUAGUGUUCAAUUCCACAGGCGCCGUCGUGGUGGAGUUUUACGCGGCCUGGUGCGGACAUUGCAUCGCCUUCUCUCCCGUGUGGAAAAAACUCGCCAGAGACGUGAAAGAAUGGAAACCUGCGGUUGGUCUGGCAGCCAUUGACUGUUCCGAUGUCGAAAACAGUGGAGUCUGCCACCGCUUUGGUAUCAGCGGAUACCCAUGGCUUAAGUUCUUCCCUGCAUACUCUGACAUAAAGACCAAGGCAAAGGAUCUCAGAGGAUUUCCCCGCGAUGUUCCCGGCCUUCGUCACCUUAUCAUCGAUAACCUUGAGAAGCACCAUGACCCUUGGCCCCCUGCAUGUCCCCCACUAGAGCCAGCCAGUGUGGCAGAGGUUGAUGAGUACUCUAAGAACAGUAAUAUCCAGCACCUGGCGCUGGUGUUUGAGACAGAUGACUCGUAUGUGGGGAGAGAGGUGAUUCUGGAUUUGCUCCAGUUUGAGAACGUUGCUGUGCGGCGUGUUUUGCGUUCAGAGGAACAGCUGGUGACUCGCCUCAACGUGACCGACUUCCCUUCCUGCUACCUCUAUAAGUCUCCCACCAACUACUCCAGACUCAGUGUACUGAAUGAGGCCAGGUUUUUCUACUCUUCUGCCCUCCAGAGGUUACCGGGGGUAGUGCGGGCAGGCAAACCCCGGCCGUCCACCAUAGAACUCGUACGUAAUGGCACAGAAGAGCCGUGGAGGCCAUUCAACAGUACACGUGUGUACAUGUCUGAUCUGGAGUCUGCUCUACAUUACUCACUGCGGGUGGAGCUGGCAGCUCACACCUCCAUCAGUGGAAAGGCCCUUACUUCCCUCCGACAGUUCAUCUCUAUCCUCGCCAAGUAUUUUCCAGGCAGACCUGCAGUAACAGGGACUCUGAAGGCUGUGGAUGUCUGGCUGCAGGAGCAGAAAGAAACAGUCACGUACAGUGACUUCAGAGCAACGCUGGACAGUACAACCAAUGGUUCAGUCCUACCUGAAGUUGUACGGUGGGUGGGCUGUCAGGGCUCCAGGAAGUGGUUUCGUGGUUAUCCCUGCGCACUGUGGACUCUCUUCCAUGUUCUGACUGUACAGGCCAAAGCCACAGGAAGCACAGAUCCUCUGGAGGUCUUGCAGGCAAUGAGGAGAUAUGUGGGCAGUUUUUUUGGCUGUCGUGAAUGUGCCAUUCAUUUUGAGCGCAUGGCUAAGGAGAGUCUGGUCUCUGUCACCACACCGUCUGCAGCUGUCCUGUGGCUCUGGUCCCGCCACAACCGUGUCAACAACCGCCUUGCAGGAGCCCCAAGCGAGGACCCCUACUUCCCUAAGGUCCAGUGGCCGUCCCCGGAGCUGUGCCGCAGCUGCUACAAGCUGACCUUGGGUGGGGAGCAUGACUGGAGGAAGGAGGAGGUGCUGGCCUUCCUCCAGGGUUACUACUCCGCCCAGCGCAUCCUGCCAGACUACCUGCAGGAGGUGAAGGAGGUGGAGGCCCAGCAGAGAGGCCUGCUCACAGCCGCCCAGAAGAUCACGGACCACAGGACAGCGCGGGAGGCACCAGAGACCCCGCCCACCCCCGAGGAGGAGGAGGAGGAGGAGGAGGAGGAGGAGGAGGAGGAAGAAGAGGAAGACCCUGAAAAGGAGGGGCCAGAGGUGGUGGGUGGAGCUGCACAGGCUGGAGGGUCACACCCCGCAGGACAGCCGGAUGAAAACCCGCCCACAGGUCAACCUGCUUGGAUGAGAGAGUGGGCCCCACACAGGCCCAGUAUCGUGGGGAUGAAACUACGGCAGCCGCCAGAGGACAUCGUGGACCUUGACUCGUUCGUUAGCCAGCACUACAGAGCCAAGACGGUGCAGGGAGGGCUGAGGCUGCCUCCGGACCCGCAGCCGCAGAACCCAGCUGGUCCGCCCAGGGGCAGGGUGAAGCGCGAGCUGAUUGCCCUGGAAGAAGAGGGCAGAGAGGGGCCGGCGUUGGAGCCGUUCCCCGUGCCCCAGGGCCCGCGCUGGAUGUCUGUGUUCAGCUUGUCCAGGCUGGACGUGAGUCUGUGUGUGCUGCUCUACCUGCUGUCUAGUCUCUGCCUGCUUGCCAUGUGGCUCUACAUCCGGGCGCGACACCACCUGCGCAGAGCCAAAGUGGCCCUGCCCUGAGUUUCCGCUCCAUUAGCGCUAUACACACACACACACACACACACACACACACACACACACACCAAGCACAGCACUCGUACAGUCAGAUACAGUACAUAAGUGGAUUUCAGGAAUGGGACACUUUGGCGCAGUUCUUCCCACAACUUCAGUUCGUCCGUGUUGGAAGUCCCUGCAUUUCUGGAGAGUGGAAAAGGCAGGAAUCGUUUUCCGUUUUAAAAUCGUUUUAAAACCUUUAGGCUACUUGUGAGAGAAUUUUGUUUUAAUUUAUAGGGAAUGAACACCACAAAUUGGUAUUUAUAUUUAAAUACCACAAAUGAUUAAUGAUACAUUAGCUGGUCUGAAUUUAACUUGAAUUCAUCAGUUAGAUUUUGAAAUUAUAAAGAAAUAUUUUGAAGAAUGAAACUAAAUUUUUAAACUAAAUAUGUGCUUGGUUGAAAAAUACAUUAAUGCGCUUUCAUGAAAAGACACUUUGUUUCCAGACUUUUAUUAGCAAAUCUUUCCUGAGGUUCAUUAAAGUGGCCGUAUAGGUUACCCAUGAAAACGGCAGAAAACGGAGAAAAGGAAAAUAAUUUAAAGGCUCGUAAUGCGAACGAUAGAACUAUCUGUUUUCUUUUUUUUAAUGUAUUUAAUUGCUGUGGCGAUGUUUGUUUCUGGGUGUCCAUCCUUCUGGUCCUUCUACUCUUAGCUUUGUGGUUUUAUACAGUAACUACUGUCACUACUGCAUUGGAGACUCUUAGACAGCAGACCUUGGUGUCUUUCUCAUAUACAUGAUGGAUUGGUCCCUUCAGGUCUGUUCUGAUGGAGUGGCUAUCUUGAUCGUAUUUGGCAUUUUCGGGGGAAAAGUGACGGAUGAGAACUUUGCCACUACACUUCACUCUGUUCAUUACGGCUGUCUGCAGUGUCUUUGGGUCCUUUAUUUCAAGAGGGAAUUAUGGCUUUGAAUUGGAUUAUUUCACAGGAUGGAUUCAAUAAACCAAUUUUUGCAAACAA